CCUUGUCCCCCCCCCCCCCCCAAAAAAAAAAAACUAAAAAAAAAAAGAAAAACUCCAGCAGUCCACCUCUUCACUGCCCUCUUCUCACCAUAGACAGAAAGUGGCUGAUUCAAUGGGGAAAGGUUUCAUCCCUGCUUUAGAUCCGACUAUACAAAUACACUGGACAGGUCACUGCUCCCUGAGCUAGGAAGACCCCCAUUUGCAUCUUUUUUUUUUCCUUAAGAGGGGAGCAGGUCCCUAGGACAAGAAUGGAUCUCCUCAGCUUGGCUUUUGCUAUCUUCUGCCAGUGGAUUCUUCCCAAGGUGAUUUGUUUAGAAGGCCGCAUGACAAAAACACUAGGAUACUUGGAUAUGGGAACAACAGGAAUGAUAAAGCAUGAGCCGUAUGGUACAAACAAACCUCUCCAUCCAUCAAGGGUAUUCGCCACUGACCCAUUCAAAGCGGCAAAAAAUCCAAUGCAGUCCCCUGUUAAUCCCUGGGAGUGGAGUAAGAAUCAAACACUAUUUACUGGGGGCAUUGGCCAAAGAGCAAAACGCAAGCCUUCACUGAAAACUGGGAGAACAAAGAAGAUCUUUGGAUGGGGGGAUUUCUACUUUAACAUAAAAACUGUCAAAUUCAGUUUGUUGGUCACUGGUAAAAUUGUUGACCACAUAAAUGGGACGUUUAGUGUUUAUUUUCGGCACAAUUCAUCUAGUCUUGGUAAUGUGUCUGUCAGUAUUGUCCCACCCACAAAGGUGGUAGAGUUUGACCUCCUUCAGCAAUCUACCUUGGACACCAGAGAGACCAAGACUUUCAACUGUAGAGUGGAAUAUGAGAACACCAACAAAGCCUUGAAGAACAAACCCUGCCUCUAUGAUCCAGCUAAAAACUGCUAUAUGGAACACACACAGAGUCAUGCUGCGUGGCUUUGUGCAAAACCAUUCAAGGUUAUCUGCAUCUUCAUCUCCUUCUACAGUAUUGACUACAAGCUGGUGCAGAAGGUCUGUCCAGAUUACAACUUUCAAAAUGAAAACCCUUACUUUGGGUGACGGAUGCACUGACCGUAAGGUCAACAAGCAGGUUUAUGUGGGAGGGAGAAAGAGAAAUGUAAUUUUAGAGGGGCUGUGUAGCCUUUGAGGGCCUGGCUACAACAUGGAAACAGGUUACUUCAGUUUUACUACAGAUACAAUAUGAAGAUUUGUUCUCAGUGUAAAAUGAGACUAAGAUAACAAAAAGUGCAUGAUGUUGACCCUGAUUAUUUAAGGAUUGUCUGACCUGCUCAGUAAUAAACUGGAACAUCAAGGUCAUCUUAUGCCAUCAACUAAGAUUAUCACUUUCAAACGCUCUAGUUUCUGAUGACCUCAGUAUUAAAACCUGCUGUCAAAAAUUUCACUUUCACUUAUAAGGAAAGUGGCCCUAUGGGAAUUUACAAAUGUAUAAAAAAAAAUAACAAGAGGAUGUGUCAUAAAGAAAACAGUAUACAAGAUGAUUAUAUUCUGCAGAAAAUAAACCUUUUUUGAAGUAGUUAAACCUAAUUUAGUUAUGUACUUUUCUUUUUUAUUAUAUUCAAGAUCAAUUUCACUACAUGAUGCUGUGUCAUAUUAUUAUUGUUGAGUGGCAUAGGCCAUAUUCGAAU